GCUUGGUGAGCUGUGUGUGUGGCGUACGGCAAGAAAAAGGAUUUCCCGCAGUCCCGCCGCGUGCGGAAAUGGUUUGACCAGUGCCCCCGAAAACCCUCUUGAUUCACGGUUCGCGCGAAUGCAGGAUAAUGCACAGUUGCCUGCGCAAGAUUAGUUAAUUCCGUCGUCCGUCGUCGACGUUUCGUGCGAUAGUUUGCAUGCUUUUCGGUUUGGUGUGCGUGUUUGCGCGUUGGACGAAUAAAAAACGAACAAAAUAUGUCGACCAGCGAGAUCGAAGAGUUAGUAAAUGGCCCACCGAAGUAACUCGUGACGACGUGACGGUGCUUUGUCGGUCAUUCGGUCGGUCGGAAAAUAUGGUCGCGCCGCACUUGGUACGCGCUUGACACGGUUUAGUAUGACCGCCGACGGUGGCGCAAGUAGCAGAAUUAGGAAACGAAGACGUCGAUGAUGAUGACGAUGAUGGAGGAGCAAAUAUGCACUAGCGCGCACUCGUGUCCGUUCUCUGCCUACCCGUAGUUUCGCGCGAAUCAUCGUGCAGUGAUUUCAUUGACCACACACCACCCACCAGCUUCACUAUCCGCGGUCCCUGGCCACGCACGACGGGGUGUGCUUCGUUCGGUUACGUUUUCGGGUUUUUCGUUUUUCGGUGUCGUAAUCCGGGUGGUUCGCCAAAUUACAAUCCCCACGGUCCCCGCAAUGGUGCCCGGGAAGCUGCCGGCAUCCUUGUAGUAGGCAUUGCCCAAUCCCGGAUCUUAGCACGCUCUGAAACGGCACCUCACCGCGGCGGGCGUCUUGUGUGCGUGCGCGCGUUUGCUAGUUAUGAACGGUGCGCGAUAAAAUGCAAAUAUCACGAAGCCCCUAUCACAUCACCGCGAGCUCCACAGCGCGGCCCCGGCCCCAACGAUCCUGCAACGAUGCCGCGGUCUAACCGCGAGCACCAACCACAGCGCACCAGCAUCAGUGUGUUGGUUAAUGUGUGCGUGCGGGACUAGAGAACCGUCAACGUAGUCCGAUAGUCGAUCGCAGCAACCAUCGAGUAAUCGAUACUACGAAAUUGCGAAGCAGGCACGGCUGAUCGUGCACUAAACGAACUGCAUCGGCAAGUGCUGUGUAAGGCCAUCGUUAACUGAAGGAUUUCAUCGGCGGAAAGGAUAACCGGGGCGAAGGAUCCCCGUCCUAAUCAGGGAGUGGAAUAGCGGCGCCGCACCGCAACUGUACAAAACCGAAAUCGCGCCAAAAGCCCACGAGUCACGCGCCCGGAAAUGGGAAACUGCAUCGGAAUCAACCGGAACGACGAAACGCUGGACACCGGAUCGAACAAUGUCUCCCGACCAGUUACGGGAACGACAUCCAGUUUCGUCGGUGUUCAGCGCAAGAACCAUCCGCUGUGUCACGAGACAAUACGCUGGAAAUCGGAAGUGCCAUUAACCGAGGGACAACUGCGGAGUAAACGGGACGAGUUCUGGGACACGGCACCGGCCUUCGAGGGCCGCAAGGAGAUAUGGGACGCGCUGCGGGCGGCCACGAGCGCCGCCGAAGCACUCGACUUUCAGCUCGCCCAGGCAAUACUGGACGGUGCCAACAUUUCGGUCCCCAACGGAUACCUCACGGAGUGUUACGACGAACUAGGUUCACAGUACAAGCUACCGAUCUACUGUUUAUCAUAUCCUAUCAACAUAGUUAAGGAGGACUACGGGCGCGAUUCGCCUGCCGAAUACUCGGAACCAGUGGACGGUGGUACGGAAGUAAUUGUGAAGCUCCGGCUAUCGUCAACCUGUACAGACGUUAAGCUACCAGUUUAUUCUAAAGACACAGUCGGACAAUGUAAAAAGAAACUUCAGGCUCAGGAGGGAAUCGAUGCAUUUACUCAGCGAUGGUUCUACGGGGGUAAAUUAUUAGGUGAUAAAAUGCACAUCGAUGAGGCCCGCAUAGUGCCUGGUUACAUUGUGCAGGUCAUUGUAAAUACCGAGAAACAAUCGUCACUAGCCAUCAGCUAGCCUACGGUGGCGACAGCCGUGCAUGGAACCGACGCACCACCGUUGUUGCCAGCGGCAAUCGACGAAUGCCGCCACCAACAUCACCACCAUCGCCAGCGCCACCACCAUCAUCACCUCUCCCGGGAACCAUUUCCGUUCCACAGUGGCCGCCACUGCCCCCAGGCGGCAGGGACCUGAUCCGCGUCACAGCGGAUGCCAUCGGAUGGGCAGUGAAGGCCUGACAGGGGGACGCAAUAAGUGUUUCGUUGAUACAUGCAUACACACACACACACACACAAACUUACAGAAGCAACCAAAUCCUACAACACAACUAACCACAUCAAUCAAAUAAGCGUGAAAGCGAACCCAGCCAACCACAGUGUAACCUCUGUCUGCGCGCUACCUGCACGAUCAGGACGGGGCACAAAACUAUACGCGAUUAAGCAUUAGCUGUUAAGCAGGAGCUGUUGAGUGUUAAAGCUACGGCAGCGGCAGUCGGAGCGAGCGUGCCGCGGACGCUAAAGGAAUGAAUCGCCGUCAGCGGGAAGCCGAGGUGCAUCGUGCACACAACACCCAACACUGCGAGAUAUGUUGGAAACCAAGUGCAACAACUAGCGAAAGUGGAAUUGAAUUGUUUGUGCGCCCGCGGGUAGAUGGUAAAAUUGAUAUUAACAAUGUUUAACGUAAGCGAACUGAUAGUUGUAACUUUUACCGGUAGGUUAUGUAUGCGAGCUAAAAACAAAAAAAUAAUAUAUUUGGAGAUAACAG